AUGACCUUAACUUCUCAUUGCUCCAGGCUUGAAACAUAUCCCCUAUGUUCACCACCAAGGUCCCCUCACAUGGGCUUAUGUCCAUCCACUUACCCUCCUUUGAUCUCACUUGAAGCCCUCCGAUUUCGUCUUGGUACACAAUUGUUACACAGCUCAUGUCUGUGUGCAUUCCGAGUCCUUCAACCUCAUCUUCAUGAUCUUCCAAGCUUUCUGGAGCUGAGUAGUUAUUUAUUCUCAAGUAACCAUGACAAUUUUGGAAUUCAGAUUCAUAAAUUUCUUUACCAAACCAUCCCCCAAGCUCAUCAGUGCGAUCUUCACGAUUUUCUUCGAUAA